AUGGCCUGCUGCCGGAGCGUCAAGCUGCUGCGGUUCUGGCUGCUGGUGCAGAACCUGGUGCUGUUCGCCGGCGCGCUGGCGCUGCUGACGGUCAGCGUGGACGCCCUGUCCUCGGAGCACCCGCAUCUGGAGUCGGUGCUGGGCGUGAGCGUGUCGCGCGGCGCCGCCCUCCUGCUGACCGCCGUGGCCACCCUGGUGCUGGUGGUCAGCUUCCUGGGCUGCUGCGGCGCCAUGCUGCAGAACACCUGCCUGCUGGGCCUGUUCGGCUGCUUCAGCGUCCUGCUGUUCAUCCUGACGGUGGCCGGGUUCGUGUCGGCGCUGGUGGCCGCCGGACCGGAGGCGGACGUCGUUCAGCGCGACCUGUUGGAGUCGAUGGGCCGCUACGGCAACGACACAGAGGUCACGGCCGUCUGGGACUUCCUGCAGCGCGACUUCCAGUGCUGCGGCGUGCGCGGCGGAGCCGACUGGAGCAACCACAGCUCGAUCGCCACCGAGGUGCCCUCCAGCUGCUGCCGACCGGGCGCCAACGGCACCCAGCUGCCCUGCGAGCAGCAGCCGACUGACAAGAACUCCUACUACGAGCACGGCUGCUUCUCGUCGGCGCAGCAGCUGCUGGAGGACCACAGCGCCGCGCUGGCCGGCGCCACCGCCGCCGUCGCAAUCUUCCUCGUCCUCUCGUGCACGCUCUCCUGCUUCUACAUUAAGAUGAAACGGUAA